GGGAAUAAAGAGACUGUUUCGAUCGGAGUCAUCCGUCCAUCCUCCUCUGCAACCAAGAAGGUUGGCACUCGUCAUUAGAACAAAGAGCUGGCUCAGCGAUUCCGACCAGAAAAUCUAUUGCCAUCCAAUCUCUGAAGAGGCAGAGGGGAGGGGUGGGGGGGACCUCAGCAGCUUUAGAGAAACAAGAAGGGGAACAGAGGAUUUCAGAGAUCCAAAAGAUUUUGGAUCUAAGUGUGUCCAUCACCUUUGACAGGUUUAGGUCAAUGUAAGCAUGGAGGAAUGGGUAGGCACAGCCUGUAUUCAUAGGUGAGUCGGCCAAACCCUUGCCGACGGGAAUUAGCCUCUCGCCAUUAGAGCUCCUUGAGCUGGUCAUGGGUCCACUAGAACAUCCUGCAUGUCAGCUUCCAUGGCUGAGGGGAUGAGGACAAGAAUAUAACGAGUCAGAAAAAGAUCUUUUCUUUCUUUCUUUGGAGAUAGACCCAGUCCAGAAGAGAGAGAGGGUGGGAGAUGGUGAAGAGUUGCACAUGAGGGCUGUGGGGGGCUCUGUGCAAAGCAGGGUCCCAUGAGAUUCGAUAGCAGGACCUGAAAUCGUCCCUAAACCCCACAGGCACAGAGCCAUCUAUAAAAAAAACCAACUUUUUAGAAAGAUAGCAGCGAGAUCUAACCUUCUGCUCUUUAUAUUGACAGCAGAGUUCUGUGCUUGUCCUGUCUCUCUUUCCUUCUUUCUCUGCAUCUUUCCUUUUUACUCUGGAUCUCUCGCUGGGUGUAAGCAUAUCAUGAGUGGUUUUGGUAUGUGAAAUCUUCUUUUUCAUCUGCUUCUUAUUAUAAAGGCUGGCAGUGCAUUUACUCCUCUACGAAAAGUCGAAACCUUCUCCAAAACCCAUCCUUUAUCUUCCUCCCUCCUUGGUUCUGCAAGGUCUUCGCUAUCAUAACUACUCUCUUAGCUUUUGUCUUCUUCCUUCCAUCUCUGGUUUACUUGACUAAAACCCGAAAACAAAGCUAAGCAACCUUACGUUGAUUUUGUGUUUUUGUUCCAUCUACAUGUUAGUCUGAACUAUAGGGGGAAAAAUUAAAAGAGAGAAACAGCUAUUUCUGUGGUGUUUUCCCUUUAUUCUCCGUGCUAAAAAUCUUUGGUUUAAUCUCCAAUGGAGUUCAUUUUCUUCUACACCAGGUUUAAUGGGCUCCUCAUCCUUCUCACCCUCUGUUCCCUUUGCAACUUCAUACAGAGUCCCAUUGAAACCAUCUCUCUGAACUAUUUAAAAGCCACAAGCAUGGCUUUCGGCAGCCCUUUGAACUUCCAUGAAAGCACGAGCACAGCUUCUGUGGACUUCGGCAGGUUCAUCUUCAACAUCCCUUCUGCAGUUUUCAGGCCGAAGUCAUCAGGAGACAUUGCAAUCCUCCUCAGCUUUCUCUCAGCUUCUUCUUCUACCACGAUCUCAGUUGCAGCAAGAGGAGCUGGUCACUCUAUCCAUGGCCAAGCACAGGCUCCUGAUGGCAUUGUCAUUGAGAUGGAUUCUCUCCCUUCCACAAUCCAAAUUCACAAAUCCAUGGAUGGAGAAGAGGGAUUCUCUUAUGCUGAUGUGAGUGGUGGGGCCUUAUGGGUGGAGCUUUUGGAGGAAGGCUUGAAGCUUGGCUUGGCUCCAAGGUCUUGGACCGAUUACCUCUAUCUCAGUAUUGGUGGCACUCUUUCAAACGCUGGAAUCAGUGGCCAGACCUUCAAAUAUGGCCCUCAGAUCAAUAAUGUCCUCCAGCUUGAGGUGGUGACUGGAAAGGGAGAGAUUGUUACAUGCUCUCCUACCCGAAGUGCAGAACUUUUCUAUGCAGUUCUCGGUGGGCUUGGUCAGUUUGGAAUCAUAACAAAAGCAAGGAUUUUGCUCCAAGAUGCUCCGCAGCAUGUGAAAUGGGUGAGAGCAUUGUAUGAUGAUUUCAAGACAUUUACAGAGGACCAAGAGCUUCUGAUUUCGCAGCCAGAAAAGGUGGACUAUGUUGAAGGAUUCAUUGUUCUUAAUGAGAAUUCUCUCCACAGCUCCUCCAUGGUCUUCCCAGAUCAGCUGAACUUCAUCCCCGAGCUCCAGAAGAACACUUCCAAGGUUUAUUACUGCAUUGAGUUUGCAGUACAUGAACACAAAGCUGAAGAAAUCAACACAGAACAAGUGGUGGAGGAGAUAACAAGUAAAUUGAGAUUUCUACCUUCGCACAUGUAUAGUGCUAAAGUCAGCUAUUAUGAUUUUCUGAAUAGAGUGAGGAUGGAGGAAAUGAGCCUCAGAGAGAAAGGUUUAUGGGAAGUGCCCCACCCAUGGCUUAAUAUGUUUGUCCCAAAGUCUGGGAUUGAAGAGUUUAAGGACUUGCUGCUUCAGAGUAUCUCCAAGCAAGAUUUUGAGGGCCCAAUCCUUCUUUAUCCACUCCUCCAUGACAAGUGGGACAUGAACACGUCGGUGGUGCUGCCUGAGUUAUCGCCGGCGGCAGCCGGGAAGGCGGAGGAGAGGGUGAUCUACGUGGUGGGUUUGCUGCAGUCAGCAAAUCCGGGCCGGUGCACGGCGGCAUGUGUUAGCGAUCUUCUAAAGCGACAGAGACACGUGGCAGAAAUCGCCGCCGGUAAUCGAAUAGGAGCGAAGCAAUAUCUGGGCCGACAGCCGUCGCCGGCCCAAUGGCGGAAGCACUUCGGGAGCAAGUGGGACCGGUUCGCCGAUCGGAAGUCAAGGUUUGACCCUCUAGGUGUACUGGCACCCGGACAGGGAAUUUUUGUCAGAACCCCCUCUUCUUCUUCAUUUAUUCAAUAACCGCCCGGCAGCUGGAAAUUAUUUCGCUUGUACACUGAGAUGGAGGGAGGGAUACAGAGAGCAAUUUAUGGUUUGUG